AUGACCGCUGUGAACGUCCACCACGAACACCGCCUUCCCGCCCCGCUGGAUUUGGACGACGACGAUGCCUUCGGCGCAGAGGACGAGAACCCCGCGAGCAUGCCGUAUGUGUUCUCCCCUGACGCCAUCCGCGAAGAGAUGUCCAGGAAUAUGCCCGACUCUGGGGUUGAGGUUGAAGGCUGGGGCGAUGGCUACUCGACGGCGUCGACGGGCGGGUUCUUCACCGCACAGAAUACGUCGGUGUCGACGAUUGAUAUUGGCCCUAAUGGCACCCACACGCAUGGAUUCGGCUCACAGAGACGGUCACCCUCGCCCGACUCUGCAUCGCUCUCGUCACAUUUCUCGCAGGUGGAUUUGACAUCUCCCUCGGACGAGCAGCCUACUCAAGAGCUCCCAAGCCUUUCGGACGUGUACACCAAAACGAAUGGGAUUGAGAACGGGAAUGGAAAUGUUGAUCACUCUAAUACCACAGUCCGUGAACGUGCCAGCUUGAAGCCUGCUGCACUAGAUCUUGCCCCAACAUCCACACCUCCUACACCUCCGCCUCACGACUACACUGAGAAUGACGCUCGAACACCUACGUCUGCACCUGUACAUCAAAGCCCGAACUCGCCUGACGUUUCAGAGCCGUCGCCUAGCUUCCAUUCACCCGCUACCUCCACACCCUCCACCUCACCCGUAGUUGCAGCAGCGGCCGCAGCUGCUGCGUCCACCUCCCUCCCCGCUAUAGCAACUACCGCAGCGCAGUCUUCGUCGGGUAACCUACUAACGGAAAAGCCUCUAGGGCACCGGGCACACCGCUCCAUGGGUCCAAGCAUGUUCGAGAAAGUCAGAAGUAGAACACGACCGACCUUCCUACCUCCAAAACCUCGAGAAGAGGACGAUAAGCAUUUAGCAGUUUGGCAACAGAUGAUGAAGCAGAGUCGGAUGGCUGCGGAGAAGCGUCGUAAGGCCCUUCAAGAACGGCGGCUGGCCCGAGAGAAAGCCAUCGAAGAAACACUACACAUAUGGGAGAGAGAAAUCCUCCCUGACUGGCGGAUGGUACACAAGAACCCCCAGCUGCGGAAACUCUGGUGGAAAGGGAUACCGACGAAGCUGCGCGCGCCUCUGUGGGAAAAGGCGGUGGGUAACGAACUAGCUCUGAGCAAAGAUCACUAUCGCAUCUGUCUAUCACGAGCGAAACGUGCACUUUCGUCUGGCGUCUUCCCGCAGGCUACAUUAGACCUGAUUGACCAAGACAUGGAGUCGACAUUACCCGCUUUACACAUCUUCCACAAGGAGAAUGGUCCGCUAUAUGGCGAGCUCAAGGACAUGCUUUGCGCCUGGGUCGUUGCAAGAAGUGACGAAGGCCUUGGAUACACGAUGGGUGCUGCGAGGAUAGCAGCGAUGUUGUUGAUCAACAUGCCGAGUCAGCAGGGCUUCGUCGUAAUGCGGAAUCUCCUGGAACGACAUUUACUUAGAAGUUUCUUUGGUGGAGAGCGGUCUAAGGAUGAUGUAGAGGCAUACUACAGAAUAUUUGACACCAUGCUCGCCGAUGGAAUGCCGAAAAUUUAUUUCAAUUUUAAGCAACACCAGAUUUCACCUGGGGCAUACCUACCUGACUGGCUUCUACCACUGUUUCUCGACCACCUACCUUUUGAGGCAUGCGCACGAAUAUGGGAUGUAUUGCUACUGGAAGGUGACUCAUUCCUUUACCGAGCAUCUCUCGGAAUUCUCGCGGUUCUGGAGCCACGCCUCUUCUUCCCCGAGAGAAAGGAGUUACUCGAGCUUCUGAAAGGCGACAACAAGGCCGCGAUCGAGGUUGCGAAGCGCGAAGGGCAGGCGCUUAAUGGCGGGAAGUACGAGAUUUACGGGGUCGAUGAGGAGACGCUGUGGGACCGCAUAGACAGCAUGGAUGACUGGUGGAAGGAGACGACUUGGACGCGGCUGAUACAGCGAGAGUUGCCUGAUCUGUAG